AGCUCCUGUGCCUGUGGCUUCUAUGAUCAUUCUACUGAACAAGUCUUCACUGACUCUAUCAUCGUUUACUUCAACGAGACACAAACAAUCCCGGAAGAUGUAUUCCAUAUACAAUCUUUCACACACAAGGUCGAGAAAGGAUGGAACAGCUUGUAUCGUCAAGGUGCUCUUCCUGGCAACAGUUUGAUAUCCAACUCUUCGGACACACAACAAGCUCUGAAUCUCUUCGUUGACCCAAGCACGAAUAACCACGUCGUCGAUGGCGGUUCAAUAAUAUCCCAACGAGAGGAUAUCCUUCAUGGAACUUUCCGUGCCUCUGUGCAAGGGUCCGGGCCUUGGACAGGUGGUUCCGCGCUUUCUAUGAUGCUCCACUUCAACGAGUCAAGCUCUAUGGAGAUUGAUAUGCUGAAUAACGACAAUCCGGAGAAUGCCCGAAUCACCACGCUUGUCAAUGGCGAGUAUCCUUCACAGGAGUAUGGCUUGAACUAUACCAUCUUGGAGAAGGGUUCUGAAAGCCUGCCACCAGUCAACCCAUGGGGUUUCAUCACCAUUCGCGUGGACUGGACGAAAGAACAUGUCAACUUUACUCUGGCAGAGAAUCUUACUCGCUCAAUCGCCUACAAGAAGGAAAACUUUCCCACAGAACCUAUGCCAUUGAUCUUCAAGCAUUGGUCCACAGGUGAUUCUGAAUGGAUGCAAGGACCUCCAGUGAAUCGUUCGGUUGCCAGUGUGGCAUGGGUUCGAGCAUUCUUCAAUUCCUCUGUUACUACAACUGCCCAGCGAAAGCAGUUUGAUGCUCAAUGUAACCCUGCUCUGGCAUGCAAUGUUGACGACAUUACUCUGAGGGACUCGACAAAUUACACAUCUGCUUCGCUGAAAGCAUGGAAAGAGCCACCGAGAAAUGAAAAGUGGCGACUGCCUUCGGGUAUCGUGGCCGGCUCCUCCUCUUUCUUUGGUCUCGCUGCUCUACUCAAUGUGCUCUUUCGAAGAAAGCCAUGGGAAAAGCUCGUCAGCAAGAACCAGAAAUCUGGAGAGGCAAUCUCGAAACGAUCUUCAGCUACCAACAGUGAUGACAAGUUCGACAUGCAGCGAUCGGUCUCUAGCUCAACCCUUGGCAGUGUAGGUGCUUCAAAGUCGAAGUGGGACUACAAAUGUACCACUGCCGAAGCAUCAUCGUCGAAUGUGACUUGGGAAGCAAGGACGCCAGCGUCGCUGUCUAGAGCUCCAAGCACAGUUGACUUCAUUGACAUGGCAUUGCUUCGUCAGAAAAUGUCUGAAGAUUGUCCUUCAGCAUCCGGCAUCCCUAUCAAGCAGAACAACUCACGAUACAGCCCUUCUACUGGUAGCGAUGGCUGGUCAAGCAAUGACAAUACAGUUGUCUGCCCAUCUCCUGAAGUCAAUUUCAGCAAGCCCAUCAAGAGCCCUGAGACGAUCCGAGAGUCUGCUGAGAUUCAGAUUCUCGAAAGGAAGUCACUCGAGUCCGACGAGAAGUUGAAACAAGCUAUCGUUAUUGCGCAUGAGGUGCCCACUCAGACGACCCCUACUACAAGUCUCACUCUUCCACCCGGUACCACUGCUCCCCCCAAGCGUAUCGACUACCUUGCCGGCCUUGUUACUAUAUCGUGUGUUGGUGUCACGCUCAUCCAUUUCACCCUCACCUUCAUUCCUUACGCUGGUGGUCUAGGCUACGGAAGACACUACAAAUCAGAGUUGUAUGCGCGUUGGUCAGUCACGCCCAUCUUCUUGAACCCUAUCUGGAUUGGCCCAUUCUUCACUACCUCCACUCGCUUCCUAGCUCAAAACUUCCUUCGCACCGGUAAUCUCGCCGAUGUGGCCAAGAAAAUGUUGCUCAGAGCCCCUCGCAUGAUCAUUCCUGCUGUAGUUGUGGCAGGUCUCGAGUACUUCUUCAUCGAACUCGGUUUGACUGCGAAACUACAAUGGCUUCCGUCCAUCACUUGGUCAUCUUGGCCUUAUGUCACUGACUAUCCCAAUUUCGGCUGGUUCAUCAACGAGAUUCUCGAGCUUGGGUAUUUGAUUCCGAAUGCAGCUCCUGGUAUCGUCAACCACUAUUCUGUGGGUGUGCUAUGGACCGUCCCUGUGCAAUUACAGUUCAGUUAUGUCACAUUGCUGGGCGCAGUCAUGGUCCGCGAGAUCAAGACUUCUUGGAAGAGAUUUGCCUUUUACUUCUGGUGUAUCUCUGUGAACUGGUACUCUUUGAGUUGGGGUAGUUGUUUCUGGGUCGGUCUUAUGAUUGCCGAUAUGAACGUCACUUACAAUUACGUCGCCUACCUACAGGCAAGGCCUAAGUACCUGUAUCCGGCUUAUGUCGCCAUCUGGAUUUUGAUCGUUCAGGGACCCCUCUGGACUUUCCUCGAGGACCGCGGGUUUUACCCCUUGAUGGCACGCGAACGCGACAUCCACCCCAACCUCGCUACAGGCGAACGUCAAGGCCAAGUAGCCUCCGAGUACCCAGCAUACUUCGAACCCCGCCUGAACACCAUCCUCUUCGCUGGCGCCGUACAAAUGAUGACCGAGCUCAGUACCUCCUUCCAAUGGUUCCUCUCACUCAAACCUUGGAUCCUUCUCUUCCCACACACCUUCACCAUCUACCUAAUCCACGGCUUUGUGUUUUGGUCGUUUGGAUCUUGGUUAUGCGUCACCCUCGCCUCUACAGAAGUUUUACCUUACUGGGCAAUCUGUUUGAUCUUGUUUGUCUGCUGCUACACCGUUAUUGGUCUUGCUGUCGUGUGCAUCACACCCUUCUCUGAAAGUGCAGCAAUGGCAUUGUGCAGGAAUUGUUGGAGAUGGGCUAGUGAAGAGCCGGUUCCUCAUCGCAAGACACUCCAACCAUUCCCCAAAGACCUCUUCUUGAAUAGAAAUAGCACAGAGGCGAAGGAUGAAGAGGUGGCUGUGCAUGGA